UAACGAUGAGAAAAUUGUGGCUGGUUUUGAGGCCAAAUCUCUGGAUCUCGCCUCACCGGUUCUUUUGACUAUCGAUGACUACAACAAACUGCUCAUAGAUACUCAAGUUAUAUCGCCAGAGGCAAUAGUGGAGAACAUACAGGAAUGCUGCAACCAAAUGGAUGAUAUGGCAUGGCCAAGCUGCCACACUGUUAAGAUAACGCAGAUCACGCAUCUGGAGAUCUACAGGCCUCUUGCUGACGCAACGAAUCUGAUGAACAAGUACUGUGCUGCAAAAAUGAAGCACAUAGAGGAAUGCUACGAUAGAACCCAGUUACAAGAGAAAGCUUGUAUGAUCCUUGAGGAAGACAAGCUUCCGUCACUAGUGGUGAGAGAGUUUAGAAAGAAUUUUGACUAUAGAGGCUGGACUGCAGCAGUACAAUUACUGAGAGAAACGUAUCCACGUGAAAAGGAAUGGCCACAACUACUUAAAAAACUAGACACCAACCUUCAACACAGAUGCUACUACAUGGAUUCUGGAUGGGAUGCCGAGAGCAUCGAGAAAGAAGAGAAGAGGAAAUGGUUCAGCAGUGACACAGCCGAUAGCGCAAGACUCACUAAAGACAGCCAGAUUCAAGCCCUAACAGAAGUCUUUGAAGCAGCCCGACUGCCUGACGACAUGGUCGCAACUGCUGUGGAUCUGAUGGGGAAGAAAGAAUUGGGAGAGAUAUGGGACCUUCUGCAUGAUAGAAAUGUGCUACGCAGAUCAGAAAUGAGAGAACUUCAAGAUUACGUAGUAACUUCAAUAAUCAGAGGAACAAAAGCUACAUACAUGCAUACAUAGAUACAUUAAGGACUUAGCAAGUGAGAAAAAGGAAGAACCCAAGGCAACGAAUAUGCUUAGGUCAUCAUGGAAAGGGGUCACUGGCAUAGAAACUCUGAGUAACAUAGUAGAUGAGGACAGAGUCUUUUAUGGAAUAGGCUUUGAAUUUGCCAAUGGAGGGUGGCACCUGACCGCAGGGAAAUUCACUGAAUACACUCUGAAGACAGCAUUUAGCUUCAAGUUGAAUCCUGUUAGAGCUCUGACCGGACCACAGAGUAAGUACUACUUACAGCUGGAAGGAUUUGGAAAGGGGUUCCAUUGCGUGAUAUUGGCCACACAUUGGAACUCCCAGUGGAGUAUCAAUCAGCUAGAAGACGCCUUGGCUAAGGCUUCCACAUCAGGGCCGAAACAAAUAUUUGGAUGGGUACUGGUUACUGGAUCGGCUAGGCAGGUGAAUCUGAGGACUACCAGCAUCUACCAAUACAGGAACGACAGAGUGGAACCAGCCAAAGUUUAUGGCAGCAGAACAACAUGUACUCUGGAAGUCAACAAAGUUAAACAUAUGACGACUGGGCUAGAAAGAACGAUAUGACUUUCGUUACAGUAAUGGGAGCCUCAGAGAUAAUAUGCAAUGGCAAAGAACAUUGGGCUUAUAUAGACAUGGCUGUCGCGGACAAGGGUGGAGAGAAAUUCACCCUUGUGAAAAUUACAAAGAUGGACGUCCCGGCUUGUGAAAGAUCAUGCACACAGUCGGGAAA